GAGCAGAAGCAUCAGAAGCAGCAGCAGCAACAUCAUCAGGAGCAACGACGCUGGACGUUGGGACGCCUGGCGUCUCUCUCUCUCUCUCUCUCUCUCUCUCUCUCUCUCUCUCUCUCUCUUUUCUCUCUCUGUUUUUUCUCCCUCUAUCUAUCCAUCUACCAAUCUAUCUAUCUCUCUCAGUCGUUCGUUCGCCCGCUCGGUCGCUCAUAUUGUUAGACGAGUACAGACGACCGUUUUAACGCUCAGUGAUCUACGUGAUGCCGCCGUGAUCGUUCGGUGAUCCGAUCCGUUCGCGCAUUUCUUUCCGCGUAGACGUGCGCGAGAAUCACGUGCGUCAUCUAGAAGGACGGUCGGAAGGGAUCCAAAAAAAAAAAAACGGAAAGAGGGAAGGUGUGACUUUUCUCGAAACGACGACGACAACAAUUACAGCUAGCAAUAACACGACAAUAAAAGGGAUCGCUCAACGGCUCGUUUACAGAGAAGUGCGAUAUAAAUGCUCUAACGAAGCCCGACGUCGCGGGAUUUUCGGCUUGUAUGCCCGAAAAAGUCCGAUAUGAGUACAGAAGGAAGAACGUUCUCAGGGAGAUGACACCACGACGUCACGUAUUCGCGGGUAUUCGUCGAGCAAUUUUAGCUGCCGCGAUCGUGGGCUUGAUCAUCUUAGCCCUCUCCAAUCAAGAUGGUACCAACAACGUGCAACAGGGAUCGCUUUUGGACGACGAUGCCAACCUAACGCCAGAGGAGAAAAUGAUCGAACAAGCGACGGCUGCGGAAACGGAGGCUCGUUUGAACGAACGAAGAAAAUUUUUGGCGGAAAAGUGUGCCGAGGAAGGACUCGAUCGUCCUGGAAACGAUUCCCUUCACAAGCCCAAUGCCUGGGAGUUCCUUGUAAAUAGAGAAUAUCAUCUGAUAUGGUGCAACGUAUUCAAAGCAGCAUCCACUUCGUGGAUGUAUAAUUUUAAUCUACUUGCAGGAUACAGUCCUCAAUUUUUGAAAGCCUCUAAAGCUGUGCCUGUUUCUCUGGCACGGCAAAAAUAUCCUAGACACACGGCCGAAGAAUUAGCAAAAUUUUUAAACGAUAGUAUCAGCUUUCUAAUCGUGAGACAUCCCUUCGAGAGAUUAUUGAGUGCCUAUAGAGACAAACUGGAGCAUAGUUUACCCCAUACGUUUCACAGUAAUCUCGGUGCCCAUAUAGUUUGGCAUUAUAGAUUGAAGGUAUUUUUUACUUUAAUCACUUUAACAAACAAUCCUGGGACUUUUUCUCUAUCGUUUGACACGAUUUUCUUAAUUAUUUUACAGAAUACGAAAACGAAUGGAAAACAUGGACCGAGAUAUCCAUUCUUCGAAGAAUUUGUAAGAUGGCUUUUGUGUCAGUGGAAAGCUGGAAACGAGUUAGAUAUGCACUGGACACCGAUAGUCAACUUUUGCACGCCCUGCCAAGUGCGAUUCGAUAUAAUCGCUAAAUUCGAAACACUUCGAGAAGAUCAGGACUUCCUUAUAAAGCAGGCACACGUUGGACAUAUCAUUAAACCGGAAUGGAAAAAUCCAACGAGAGGUGUUCAAACGAAAGACGUCGUUAAAAAUUAUUUCGCUCAAUUGUCCAAGACACAGAUCAAUGAUCUCUAUGAGAUGUUUAGGUAUGAUUUUAUACUCUUCGAUUACUCUCCCGAGGAAUAUAUUCCACUUGGAAAAGACAACCCGAUUACGUUGAUAUGCAAAAAUUGAAGUCGAAAUACUUAAACUAUAUGACGCGUCGAACGUAUUACUUAUGAGAAUGUAGCAUUCCUUUUUUUAUAUAAAUGUAAAUUGUUACUUGAAAAACAACGAAACAUUAGAUUAUGCUUUCAUAAAGUUGAAAACUGCUAUAUUAUCUGUAUAUAAUAGUCAUGAGAUUGAGAGUAACUUAUUACAUAGAAAUAAAAAGAAACAUAAUUUUAAA